AUGUCCUUCUGCAUUGUGGCUUUCUCUGGGCUGGGGUCCACAUGGCGAGGGGUUCAGAUAUUCCGAACGGGCCUCUCUCUUCUAUGGAGUAGUUGUCACAAGCUCAAUCGCUGCACAGUUCCUCUUGCCUCCGUCUCAUUCUUCCACCAUGCAGGGCUUCCUUUACCCACAGAGGUGGGUGAGGGCAGCAGCAUUGAGCUAUGGCUGUGGUUUCUUUCAUUUCUUAUUAGGAUAAAUGGUCACUGGUGGGACCUCAGGAGAGAUGGAGCCUCCUCUGAACCCAGCCCACUUGAUUUCUUUAUUGCACUGGUUCUCAUGAGAAAGCAAUUCAAUAUGAAUCCUUAA